GGAGAAACCUGGUCUCUCAAACUAACAUCCCCACCCCACCCCACCCCACCCACGACAAACAGAAAAAACAGAGGAAAUGAUGAUUAUGAACAUAGGAAAACUCAAAAACAGUGUGUUGAUUAAGAUUGUUGUCUGUAUGUGCAUGGUGUCAAGCUGCGUGAGCACAUCAAACGAUUCAUUUGUGGGACAGAAACAGAUCGAAAAGUGCAACAUUUAUGAAGGAAAAUGGGUUUAUGAUGAAUCCUACCCUCUCUUCGACUCCUCAAAAUGCUCUGCCAUUCGCGGCGAAUUCAACUGCCUCAAACGUCCCGACCGUCAGUUUCUCAACUAUAGGUGGCAGCCCAAUGCCUGCAACUUGCCCAAAUUUGAUGCCGGAGAUUUCCUGAGGAGGAUGAAGGGCAAAAAGAUUGUGUUUGUUGGGGAUUCCGUGAGUCAAAAUCAUGGGCAGUCGCUUAUUUGCCUGCUUAAUCAGGCUGGUGCGCCGUCACAGAUCAUCCACACCGUAAAUAACUCCACCAUCAUCAAUUAUGUGAAGUUUGAGGCACAUGACGUCUCCAUUACAAUUUUCCUUUCGCAUUAUUUGGUAGACAUCGUAAAUGAGAAAAUCGGUCGAGUUUUGAAGCUCGAUUCGAUUAAAGAUGGCGAAACGUGGAAGCAGGCUGAUGUCUUAAUCUUCAACACGUGGCUCUGGUGGUAUCGCAGCGGGCCUAAACAACCGUGGGAUUAUAUUGAAAGUGAGGGAAAGAUAGUGAAAGACAUGGACAGAAUGGAAGCAUUUCGUAGAGGUCUAACUACUUGGAAAAAUUGGGCCGAUGCAAAUCUCAGUCCUUCCAAGACCAAAGUUUUUUUCCAAGGGAUCUCUCCAUCGCAUUACAAGGGUGAAGAUUGGAACGAGAAAGGAGUGAGUGACUGCUCGAGAGAAACAACACCAGUUGAGGGAUCAACAUAUCCAGCAGGGGAGCCAUUGGCACUAAAAGUGGUUAAAUCAGUGUUAGAGAGGAAAACAUCAUCACCACCAAUGCCAGUUGGUUUGCUUGAUAUCACAACUCUGUCUCAGCUGAGGAAAGAUGGGCAUCCCAGCAAGUACAACCUAUUGGGGGGAAUGGACUGCACCCAUUGGUGCCUCGCCGGCGUCCCCGACACAUGGAACCUCCUGCUCUACACUGAGCUGCUGCGAUCUCCUCACUGACCCUUCGGAUCAUGCAUACUAUUUUUAUUUCUUGAUUUUUUACAUCUCAUGAUAUGGAAAAACUUUUAUACAUACAUAUAAAACUACAGUUGAUGUUGGUUAUGACUUAUGAGCUAUUAAGGGAGAGGUUUCAUUAUUGAAGGAAGCAAA